AUGGGGAUUCUCACCUUGAGUUACGCUGUCUCUUGGUCGGCCUUUUGCAUACUAGCAGUUGUUUCGGUCUUGUGUUUUGGUUCGACCACCUAUGGCAUUGGCGGGAAUGAGACAGACCGACUUGCCUUGCUUGAAUUCAAGGCCAAAAUAGUCGAUGAUCCUUUCAUGGUUUUGAGCUCAUGGAAUGAAACCACCCACUUUUGCCAGUGGCGUGGUGUUACAUGUGGUCGCCGGCACCGGAGGGUCACGAUGUUGCGCCUGCCAUCUCAGAAACUCGUGGGAUCUAUAUCGGCUUUCAUUGGAAAUCUGAGCUUUCUAAGGUAUCUAUAUCUCUACAACAAUAGCUUCAGUCACGAAAUCCCACCAGAAAUAGGCCGUUUGCAUAGAUUAGAGAUACUACAUUUGAACAAUAAUUCAGUCGGCGGCAGAAUUCCUACAAAUGUAUCGGGGUGCUCUAACCUCAAAGUUAUCAAACUUCAUUUUAAUCAGCUGGCUGGGGAAAUUCCUAUUGAGGUUGGCUCCUUGUCAAAGCUCAAAACGUUUGCUGUCGCCCGCAACCUACUUACAGGAAGUAUCCCCCCAUCUCUUGGCAACUUAUCGUCACUCGAAGUACUUUAUUUAUCCUUCAAUAAUCUAGGUGGGAGUAUUCCAACUGCUCUAGGCCAACUUUUGAAUCUUACGACUCUCGCACUUUCUGAAAAUCAGUUUUCUGGUACCAUCCCUCCAUCAAUCUUCAAUCUCUCUUCUAUUACAGUUCUUGAUGUGGGAGGUAAUACAAUCCAAGGGAGUCUUCCGUGGGACUUGGGGAUAACUCUUCCGAAUCUCCAAAUCUUCUUCGUUUCCCGUAACAAUUUUACUGCAGGCUCCAUUCCUUCUUCAAUAUCCAAUGCCUCAAAUCUGGAACGACUUAUUUUUAAUGACAACAAAUUUACCGGAAACAUGCCUUCUUUCGAAAAGUUGCAUAGGCUUAAAUUUUUUAGCAUUACCUCCAACCACCUAGGAAGUGGGGGAGCUGAUGACUUGAGUUUUCUCUGCUCUUUAACCAAUGCCACUAGCUUAGAGCUGUUGGCCAUAAACGCCAACAAUUUUGGUGGACUCUUGCCUGAAUGCAUCAGUAACUUGUCAUCUACUCUUGGAACAUUGGAAGUAGGUGACAAUAAUAUAGUUGGAACGAUUCCGAGUGGGAUUGGGAAUCUCGUCAACUUAGAGAGACUCCAUAUGGGGAAUAACAGAUUUUCUGGUGAAAUUCCUGCUGAUAUUGGAAAGCUUCAGAGACUACAAUCAAUGCUUCUUAACAUAAACAACCUCUCUGGCAACAUCCCGCACUCUCUUGGAAAUCUGAGUUUGUUACUCAAACUAUCUUUAACGCAGAACAAUCUUCACGGAAGCAUACCUUCAAGUCUAGGAAACUGCAAAUCUUUGCUCUUCUUAAGUCUUUCUAAAAACAAUCUCAGUGGUAUCAUUCCUCCCCAGGUCUUUGGUCUCUCAUCCUUGUCGAUCGGUCUCUAUUUGUACAGUAACCGUUUCACCGGUCCCCUUCCCACGGAAGUUGGAAAUCUGAAAAAUGUAGGUGAAUUUGGUAUUUCAGAAAACAUGUUAACCGGUGAAAUUCCAAGCACUCUUGGAAGUUGUGUUAGCCUGGAGCUUCUAGACAUGCAUGGCAACUUCUUCCAGGGGGCCAUUCCAUCAAGUUUAGGUUCAUUGAGAGGAAUUCAAGAAUUAGAUCUUUCUCUAAAUAAUUUGUCAGGAAAAAUUCCAGACUUUUUAGUGGGUUUCAACUUGUUGGAUCUUUUGAAUCUAUCUUACAACAAUUUUGACGGUAUGGUGCCUUCAGACGGCAUUUUCAAGAACUCAAGCUCAAUCUCAGUUGUAGGAAACAGUAAGCUUUGCGGGGGAAUAUCAGAGAUACACUUGCCUAAAUGCAACUUUGGAAAGUCCAACAAGACAAAAUUGACCUUGACCAUGAAAUUAAUUAUCUCCAUAAUUUGCGGGCUUCUAGGAGUAAUUUUUGUGCUGUCUUUUUUAUUUGUUUGUUGGUUAAGAAGGAAAACAAAAGAACCCACUUCAAGUUUUUCAAGAAAUUUGCUUUUAAAUUUGUCUUACCAAAGUCUCCUAAAAGCCACCGAUGGGUUCUCCUCCACAAAUUUGCUUGGUGCGGGUAGUUUUGGAUCCGUGUAUAAAGGAAUCACUGACGAUGGUCGAAUGACAAUUGCUGUCAAGGUGCUCAACCUUCUGCGCCGUGGAGCUUCCAAGAGCUUUCUAGCUGAGUGUGAGGCCCUGAGAAACAUCAAGCAUCGGAAUCUUGUAAAGAUACUCACAGUUUGUUCAGGUGUUGAUUAUCAGGGCAAUGAUUUCAAGGCUCUAGUUUAUGAAUUCAUGGUCAAUGGUAGCCUUGCGGAUUGGUUGCAUCCAACUGCUACAGAGGAUGAGGCGCACCAGGAGCAGAGGAAUCUGAAUCUUUAUCAGAGAUUGAAUAUCGCCAUUGAUGUCGCGAGUGCAUUGGAAUAUCUCCACUAUCAUUGCCAAACACCAAUCCUGCACUGUGACCUCAAGCCGAGCAAUGUUCUUUUGGACGAUGAAAUGAUUGGACAUGUCGGAGACUUUGGGUUAGCGAGAUUCACUCCUGAAGCUGACCAUAACUCUUCAGCCAAUCAGUCGAGCUCUAUUGGCGUAAGAGGAACUAUUGGUUAUGCGGCUCCAGAGUAUGGUAUGGGAAAUGAGGUGUCCUCCUAUGGUGAUAUAUAUAGUUUUGGGAUCCUUCUAUUAGAAAUGUUUACUGGAAAAAGACCCACAGAUGACAUGUUCCAAGGCACUCUAAGUCUACAUUCCUUUGUCCAACAAGCUUUGCCAGAACGAGUGGUCGAGAUUGCGGAUCCAAUUCUUUUUCAAGGAAGAGAAGAAGAGACAGCCAUGAAUGAGAUAGCCAUGAACAGUACUAAUAAUAACAACAACACUAGAAGAAGCAAAAUCCAGGAGUGUUUGAUUUUGAUGUUUGGGAUUGGAGUUGCUUGUUCUAUUGAACAGCCAAGAGAACGGAUGAGCAUGAAAGAUGUUGUUACUGAGCUUCAUUUGGUCAAAAAGAAGCUUCUUAAAACUACAAGUAGACCCUAA